UGUGAAAACCCAGAUUGUGAAAACAACUGUUUAAUGUCAGUGGCUAAGAGAAAUUAUUUAACUUGCCAUAAUUGUUAUACAUAUUAUUGCUGCAAAGAAUGUCGAAAGCAUGACUGGACAACCCAUAAAAAUGACUGCUACGUUACUCGAGUUAGUAAUAUGUGUAAAAAUAUCAUAAAAACAGUGAACAAAGAUUCUCAUAUUCUGUAUUAUGUUUCACGGUUUGCAAGACGUGGAUAUCUUCAUCGAGGUCGGGGCUGUAUUGUUUUGAAUUUCGAAAAUAUCAGUACUGCUCAAAAGUUAUUGCAAGAAGGAUUACGCCAUAGUACGAUCUCACCCAUGUAUAUGACUGUAGCUGAAAUAGAUCGUGUAAAAUUAUUUGGAGAUGUUAAAAGUGGAUUAACAGAAAUGUGUAGUAACUAUAACCCCGAUAAUAAGUUUAUAUUGUAUGCUGGAAUUGGUUGUGGUUCUCAUAUAUAUUAUGAUAACAUUGCUCCACCACGUACCAGUGAAACCAGUAUAGCUAAAUGUGCUGCACUACGCCUUAGCCCUGCCCACUCUAUUCCUAAUCUGGAUGAAUUGGAUGAUAUAUCUGUGCUUGUGCUUGCUGCUUCGCAAGGUUUUGAAAAAACUGGAAACGCUGAGAAACGCAAAUCUCGCGAAAUGGGACUAAUCAAUAUCCAGAGGAAGCUCCAGAAAAGGGGAGUAACUCUUCGAUAUCAGUAUCCAGAAAUGUACUAUAAAUUGAUCAAUUUUGUCUCUGAUUCUAAACCAUUUUCACCAGAAUUAUUGUUCCCAAUGGAUUCUCAUACAGGUCAAAGAUUUACAUGCAUUAUUUUA